GGAGUGUUUGUCUUCCCUCACCUUCAUCCUCCAAUCUUUUCCAAAUGUUGUGAAACAAAUAAAGAAUCAAAAAGAAAUGUAAAUGACUGAUGGAAUUUUCUGGGUCAUCAGCCUCCACUUAAUUUAACUUUCUCCUGAUUAUUCUAUAUGUUCUCUUCUUAUAGUACUACUGCUACUCGUAUAUAAACAAAAAGAAAGAGAAAAAUCUUAAUUCAGAGCUAAAGAGAACAAAAAGAAAGAAAUUCCACCCACAAUGGGUUCCGAGCAGAACAGAUUCCCCCAGCAAGAGCGGUGAAAAUCAAUUGGAAGGAGGAGGAGAAAAAAUUAUCUGAGCUGGGCCCAUUUGAUUGAGACCUAUGUACACUCUUGAUAAAAUGCUGGAUUCCUUGAAGAGAUGGGGAGGAUGUUGGGGGGCAUUUUCCUGUUUCGGUACACCAAAAGGUGGAAAACGUAUUGUACCUGCAUCUCGUAUGCCUGAGGGCAAUGCAUCAGCCGCCCAACCAAACGGUUCUCAGGCUGUUGCUGGGUUGACCAAUCAAGCUACUUCAUUAGCUCCAUCGCUUCUAGCACCGCCUUCUUCCCCAGCUUCAUUUUCCAAUUCUGCCAUCCCUUCAACUGCUCAAUCACCUAGUUGCUUCUUGUCAUUAUCAGCUAAAUCACCUGGAAGGCCGCCAUCCACAAUAUUUGCCACUGGACCAUAUGCCCAUGAGACACAACUAGUUUCUCCUCCUGUUUUCUCAACCUUCACAACCGAGCCUUCCACUGCUCCUCUCACUCCUCCUCCCGAGUUGGCCCACCUGACUACCCCCUCUUCACCUGAUGUCCCUUUUGCCCGGUUCUUGACCUCUUCUGCAGAUCUUGAAAGUGCCAAUAAGAAUAAUUAUAUUGCUGCAAAUGAUUUUCAAUCUACAUAUUCACUUUACCCAGGCAGUCCUGCUAGUAGUCUCAGAUUACCAAUCUCUAGGACUUCAGCCGACUGUUUGUCAUCCUCCUUUCCUGAACGGGAGUUUCCUCCACAUUGGGAUCCUUCAAUUUCUCCCCAGAACGGCAAACAUUCCAGGAGUGGUUCUGGCAGGCUAUUUGAGCAUGAUGUAACUGGUUCCUCUAUAGGGUCUCAAGAUACUAAUUUCUUUUGUCCUGAUACAUUUGCACGAUUCUAUCUGGAUCAGAAUCCACUUCCUCACCCUGUUGGGAGAUUAAGUGUUUCAAAGGAUUCGGAUGUUUACCCUACCAAUAGCAGUGGGCAUCAAAGUAAACAGAGUAGAAGUCCUAAGCAAGAUGUAGAAGAACUUGAAGCUUAUAGGGCUUCCUUUGGAUUCAGUGCUGAUGAAAUAAUCACUACUACUCAAUAUGUGGAGAUUACUGAUGUUACAGACGAUUCGUUUACAAUGACACCUUUCCCUAUAGAUAAACCUGCUGAGAGUACGGAACUUGCACCGGUUGCCAAAGGACCAAAGGCAGAGAGGUUACAGGAAAACUCUUUGGGUGAUAUGAAACGAAAAUCAAAACCUGAUGUUGUCAAUUGGGCUGGACACCAUGAUGUGCAAGUGUCAUGUAAUGGAUAUGAAGAUCAAAAAUCAAGGGGGCAGGUGGCUGAUGUCUCUGGAUCAAUUACACCUAUCAACCAUCCCUUGACCGAUGAAGAGGAUGUACUGUUGAAGAAGAGUUCGUCAAGGAGCAGGAAAUAUCAAAUGGGCUUGUCAUGCUCUGAUGCGGAGAUUGACUAUAGGAGAGGAAGAAGCUUAAGAGAACGUAGAUUUUGAAUUCCAUGACUAAGAACCAACUAGAGAAACAAGUAAGUUAAUCCAGCUGCUCCCAGAUGUAGUAAAACUGCAGUGUUCUUUAGUUAUAACUCGUGUUAAUGGUUCUCUCUUUCUUUUGUUGUCCAUCUCUGGGUCAGAUAUGUGACUUGAUGUCUCUGAUUAUGAGUGUAUUCUGUUACAUUGACCCUAGCUUCCUACUUCACUGUGAUUUACAUGUUAUGUGAUGCAUGUAAUUAUUUCUAUAUUAUACUUUUGUAAAAUGCAAUUUACAGCUCAGUUUACAUGUUCAAUGGUGCAUGUAUUUUGUGUAAUGGAUCACAUCUGUAUAUUAAUGCUUGAUUAUGUGGGGAUUCGUAUCUGUAUAA